GGUUUGCUAUAAAAGCACACCUCGUUCUCUCGCUUUCUAUUCAUCUUGGUAUGCACAUCAGGUGUCAUUUUGGCACUUGACGCAGAAGCCCGUCCAACGCAAGCUCUUUAUCUGGCGGAGUGCGGAAGUGCCAUUAAUCAUCAGCCAGUGGAAGGUCAGACACACGCCAAUUUUGCAAACGUACGGCAACUCUUGAGUGUGUGUGUGGAAAAAGCAACAUAGAACAACCAUCCCGCAAGGAAAAAAGAGGGCUCACGGAAAAAGCAAAAAACAACUUUGGGGUGCGGCACAGGUACGGCACACAAAAUUGGUGACUCGCACAACCAGUACCUCACAGACAAAGGGUUGGAGAAAGUGACGAUGGAAGAUUUGAAGGAACAGUUCCCAGCGUACAACUCCGUGCUCCGGCAAUCGAACGGACAGCAGCGACCGUACCACAGCACCGGCCUACCCGAUUGCCCCCCGAACGGUGCAGGCAUACCGGGCAUGGUAAUGAUCGGUCGGAAAAGUGGUCCAGCCGUUCCACCGAAACCGCGCAAAAAUGGUACCGCGCAACAGGUACCGCCCCAGGUCCCGAAAAGUUCCAACGUGAAGCAGUACUGUGAACCCUCGUUCUCGACCGUGCUCGAAGGCCAAGCGACCGCCCUUGACGAGCACGCGUACACAAACGUUACGAACGCGGCGAACGGCGGGGGUACGGCGGGCGGUCGGGGUGGAAAGUUGGGCGUCCGUAAGGUCACCCUUGACGAUGCCCUCGAGCUGCAGCACGUUAAAGAAGCGCUGGAACAUCACAAACGUACGCUCGAAGCGAACCGCUCCAAAUCUCUGCAGGGCCAAGGUCCCGAACACGAGCGAGGUGGUACGAACACGGUGUACGAAAACACACAGCCAGCACCACCGUACGGAUCAUCGUCGGCGGCUGCUGGGGGGUACGCAUCGGACGCCACGUACUCGAAUCUGCCCGGUGGACCGCACCAUCCGGUGGGCAAAGGUAACGAGGGACUGAUUUAUAGUAACAUAAUGCACAGCAACAACCCUCCAUCGAAGGCGUUCCCUCAGCGGCAAAUAUCGGAAGAAUUACCACCACCGCCACCGCAAGAUAUGCCGCUGCAGCUGACACUGAACGCACUCAACCUGGAGGAUAAUGAUGAUGAGUUCCCACCGCCACCGAGCCCCGUCAGUUCGUCGUACAGCGAGCUACGGCGGGCAACGGAUCUGCCCCACAUGGGACGCCAGUCACAGCCGACGUACACGAUGGUGGGACCCGGUGCGGGAGGUGUUGGUGCACCGGGCGGACAGACGUACAGUAAUAUGGCACCGGGAAGUCAAAUCUACGCGAACAAUAUGCACCAUCAGUCGCUGUACGGUACGUACGGCAUGAGUUCGCAAGGAUCGACCACGUACGAAUCGAUCUACGAACCGAUCAAUCCCCGUCCACCGAGUCAGAUGUCGGGCCGGUCGAACUAUUCCCUGUACACACCGUACGUUAACUCGCACGGUAUCAACAGCCCGAACGAUAGCAUCAUAACGAGCGCCUCCCAGCAGCAGCAGCACCGUGGCCACGGAGGAAACGCAAUGUCCAAGGGUGCCGAGGUGGACACGCUUACCGAUCUGUUAGUUCAAUCGAUCCAGGACCAGGAAUCGUUCGGUACGUGCGUCAAGUGUGGCGAGCGGGUGGUCGGCGAAAAGACGGGCUGUACGGCGAUGGACAAGAUUUACCACAUCGCCUGCUUCACGUGCCACCAGUGUCAGAUCAAUCUGCAGGGCAAACCGUUCUACGGGCUGGAUGGGAAACCGUACUGCAAGGAGGACUAUCUGAACACGCUCGAGAAGUGUUCCGUCUGUCUGAAGCCGAUCCUGGAGCGUAUUCUUCGCGCCACCGGCAAACCGUACCAUCCGCAAUGCUUCACCUGCAUCGUGUGCGGCAAAUCGUUGGACGGUAUACCGUUCACGGUGGAUGCGACGAACCAGAUACACUGUAUUGAUGAUUUCCACAAAAAGUUUGCACCGCGAUGCUGUGUCUGCAAGCUGCCGAUUAUGCCCGGACCGGGUGAGGACGAAACGGUACGGGUGGUGGCGCUCGAUCGUAGCUUCCACAUCAACUGCUACAAGUGCGAGGAUUGUGGGCUGGUGCUGUCGUCGGAGGCGGAAGGCCGCGGCUGCUACCCGCUCGACGAUCACAUACUGUGCAAGAGCUGUAACGCCAAACGGGUGCAGGCCCUCACCAGCCAUAUGACGACGGAGCUGUAAGGCAAAGGGUAGUGGAGGAACACACCGGAACUAGAUUUCACCCCCAUCGCUAGUAGUGCUGCGGCUUCGCGCAAACAAAAUAACCGAAGAACUGAGCAACUCUUCACCGUACUUAAGCAGGGCUCUCAGUAGACGUAUAGUAGUGUAGGUAAGGAGGGUCCCGGUGCAACAAUCUCCGCUAGGAAGAGGAAAGGAAACGAAUAUUAGUCAAAUUUUUGGGACCGUCUCCCCAAAAGCAAAAAACAAAAACGCGAAUCGAAUAGCACACAAAAAGCAAGCACGAACAUGCUCAUGAAUCUUCUACAUUCCACUCGAUGCAUUCCUGUUUCAUCUCGUAUUUAAAUAGCUUUAGAGUUAGGGUUGAGUGUUGUGACUGAGUACUGCUGUCCAAUAAGGAGAAUUUAGGCUGCCGUUGUUGUCUUUUUUACCGGAAAAGUUUAUCGCGUUUACACAUUCUCUCUUGCGCACACAUUACCAGACAGUAGCGUGAUACGUGAUCAGUAAAUUGUAGGCACGGGACGGGAUUGAAAUCCGUCCCGGUAGGUUUUAAAUGUUUCUCGCUGCUAACCUAACCAUUAACUAACCAUUCCCACUACUGAACCCCAUAGGUUCAGAUUUGGGGCCAGAUGUUUGCAUUUAACCGUCAUUCGUCGCCACCCAAUACGCAAGUCGGGCAAUAUCCCUUGCACCACUGCCCGGUUUUUUUUUUAACGCUCGGACAUUUACAAAACUUGAGCUGUAUAGCAGCGCGCCGUGUGUUGUGGAACGUAGUAAUAUGAUGUUGAUAUAUUGCAUUUAUGUCGCUUAAAAUAAAUACUGUGGUAAAAAAAAGCAUAA